UUUUAUUUCUAAUUAAUUUUUAAAAUUAUUUUAUGAUAUCUUAUGUGCAUGUUUACAAUGCGAUUUAUCUGGGAAUAUUCAUACAAUAUUUCUUCUUCGUUAUAGCAAUGAAUUUGAUUCUUGAACUGUUUCUUUGCCAUCAUGGAACUACUGUUUUGUAGGGUACCAGUAGCUCCACUUGAGUGGCAGAUCUCGCAGGAUGCUGCUAAUAGCAUUGUUGCAUGGUUAGCUAAUACCGUAGGGGCAGCAGAGUCAGUUCCAAGGGUUGCAGUAACUGGGCAUGACAAAAGGCUAUUUCUUGGGGUUAUUGUUUGUCUUUACAUAUUGUCAGCUGUUGGACGGUUGGUCUCAGGUGCUACAGUUGCUUAUGCUGGAUUAUGCUUGUUCUGUCUUUAUAUGCUUGCUGAGAACUCCUAGUU